AUUUAUUUGCUCUUUCUGUCAGUCCAUCAAUCCUGUGAGGAGGGGGUCCAAGUAACAGGGGACAGAUUUUGUUAUACAGAGAGCAACACAAGCAAUAGAUACGAUCAUUAAAAGAACGGAUAGACCAGUUUAAUUAAGCCUUUGCCACUCCGGAACCUUCACCCCUGACAGGAUGGAGGACGCCCACACCAAGGGCCCGGCCGAAUGUCUGGCCUACUUUGGGGUUAGUGAGAGCACCGGUCUUACCCCUGAUCAGGUCAAGAAGAACCUGGCCAAGUUCGGCUACAAUGAGCUGCCUGCUGAGGAGGGUAAAACUAUCUGGGAGCUGAUCAUUGAGCAGUUUGAGGAUCUGUUAGUCAGAAUUUUGCUGCUCGCUGCCUGCAUCUCUUUUGUGCUGGCUUGGUUUGAGGAAGGCGAAGAGACCGUCACUGCCUUCGUCGAGCCAUUUGUCAUCUUGCUCAUUCUAAUCGCCAAUGCCGUAGUUGGUGUGUGGCAGGAGCGUAAUGCUGAGAGCGCCAUUGAGGCUCUGAAGGAGUAUGAGCCUGAGAUGGGAAAAGUCUACCGUUCUGACAGAAAGAGCGUCCAGAUGAUCAAGGCCAGAGAGAUUGUCCCCGGUGACAUCGUGGAGGUGUCUGUUGGUGAUAAAGUCCCCGCUGACAUCAGGCUUACUGCCAUCCGUUCCACCACUCUCCGUGUGGAUCAGUCCAUCCUGACUGGUGAGUCCGUCAGUGUGAUCAAGCACACCGAAGCUGUCCCCGACCCCAGAGCCGUGAACCAGGACAAGAAGAACAUGCUUUUCUCUGGCACAAACAUUGCUUCUGGCAAGGCUGUUGGCGUUGUUGUCGCUACUGGUGUAGCCACUGAAAUUGGUAAGAUCCGAGACCAGAUGGCUGCCACCGAGCAGGAAAAGACCCCCCUGCAGCAGAAGCUGGAUGAGUUUGGUGAGCAGCUCUCUAAGGUUAUCUCUCUGAUUUGCGUUGCUGUCUGGAUGAUCAAUAUCGGUCACUUCAACGACCCUGUCCAUGGUGGAUCCUGGAUCCGUGGCGCCGUGUACUACUUCAAGAUCGCUGUCGCUCUGGCUGUGGCUGCCAUACCUGAGGGUCUGCCUGCUGUCAUCACUACCUGCUUGGCUCUUGGUACCAGACGUAUGGCCAAGAAGAAUGCCAUUGUUCGUUCUCUGCCCUCUGUGGAGACCCUGGGCUGCACCUCCGUCAUCUGCUCUGACAAGACUGGCACCCUGACCACCAACCAGAUGUGUGUGACUAAGAUGUUUGUCGUCGACAAAAUUGAUGGUGAUCACGUUGAGCUUGACUGCUUUGAUAUCUCUGGCUCCAAGUACACCCCUGAGGGAGAGGUCACAAAGUUGGGUGCUCGUGUUGACUGCAGUCAGUAUGAUGGUCUGGUUGAGCUGUCCACCAUCUGUGCUCUGUGCAAUGACUCUUCCCUCGACUACAACGAGUCUAAGAAGAUCUAUGAGAAGGUCGGUGAGGCCACUGAGACUGCCCUGUGCUGCUUAGUUGAGAAGAUGAACGUGUUCAAGAGCAACGUCAACAACCUGUCCAAGGUUGAGAGAGCCAAUGCCUGUUGCAGCAUUGUAAAGCAGCUAAUGAAGAAGAACUUCACUCUAGAGUUCUCCCGUGACAGGAAAUCCAUGUCUGUCUAUUGUACUCCUGUCAAGGGUGAUGCAGGCAGCAAAAUGUUUGUGAAGGGCGCUCCAGAGGGUGUGAUUGACAGAUGCACCUAUGUGCGUGUUGGAGCUACUCGCCUGCCCCUGACUAACGUUGUGAGGGAUAAGAUCAUGUCCAUCAUCAAGGAGUGGGGUACCGGACGUGAUACCCUGCGUUGCCUGGCCUUGGCCACCCGUGACAGUCCCCUGAAGGUCGAGGAAAUGAACCUUGUGGACUCUACCAAAUUUGUUGACUAUGAGACUGACCUGACCUUUGUUGGCUGUGUCGGUAUGUUGGAUCCCCCCCGUAAAGAGGUUACUGGCUCCAUUGAACUGUGCAGGGCUGCUGGGAUUCGUGUAAUCAUGAUCACUGGUGACAACAAGGGUACCGCUGUGGCUAUCUGCCGUCGUAUUGGCAUCUUUAGUGAGGAUGAGGAUGUGACUGGCAAGGCUUACACCGGCCGUGAGUUUGACGACCUGCCCCGUGCUGAGCAGAGCGAUGCCGUCCGCAGGGCCUGCUGCUUCGCCCGUGUCGAGCCCUCCCACAAGUCCAAGAUUGUUGAGUUCCUGCAAGGCUUUGAUGAGAUUACUGCUAUGACUGGUGAUGGUGUCAAUGAUGCCCCUGCCUUGAAAAAGGCAGAGAUUGGCAUUGCCAUGGGCUCUGGCACUGCCGUUGCCAAGUCAGCCUCUGAGAUGGUCCUGGCCGAUGACAACUUCUCUUCCAUUGUUGCUGCUGUUGAAGAAGGCAGAGCCAUUUACAACAACAUGAAGCAGUUCAUUCGUUACUUAAUUUCUUCCAACGUUGGAGAGGUCGUCUGUAUUUUCCUAACUGCUGCUCUUGGCCUGCCUGAGGCUCUGAUCCCAGUGCAGCUCCUGUGGGUGAACUUGGUGACUGACGGUCUUCCUGCCACUGCUCUGGGCUUCAACCCCCCUGAUCUUGAGAUCAUGGGCAAGCCACCCCGCUCCCCCAAAGAGCCUCUAAUCUCUGGCUGGCUUUUCUUCAGAUACAUGGCCAUUGGUGGAUAUGUGGGUGCCGCCACUGUGGGCGCUGCUGCUCACUGGUUCCUGUAUGAUGAUGAGGGUCCUAAUGUCACCUACUACCAGCUGUCUCACUUCAUGCAGUGCCACGAGGAGAACGAGGACUUCACUGGCAUUGACUGUGAGGUGUUUGAAGCUGCUCCACCCAUGACCAUGGCUCUGUCUGUCCUGGUGACAAUUGAGAUGUGCAACGCUCUCAACAGUUUGUCUGAGAACCAGUCUCUAUUGCGUAUGCCUCCAUGGAGUAAUGGCUGGCUGGUGGCUGCCAUGACCCUCUCCAUGUCCCUCCACUUCAUGAUCAUCUAUGUUGACCCCCUGCCCAUGGUCUUCAAGUUGACACACUUGAACCCAGAACAGUGGAUGGUGGUACUGAAACUUUCUUUCCCUGUCAUCCUCAUUGAUGAGGUGCUGAAGUUCGCUGCCCGCAACUACGUAGACGUCUAAACCAGUUCCCCCUUCCUCAGUUUUCAAGUAACAAAAGCAAGGUAAAGCGUGAUAUAUAGUGAUGAAGACAUGGGAGUCAAAGAACCGGGUGACGGAGAAGAGGAUGAAGAGAGAAUAAAAGAGGAAGAAUGGGAAAAGAGAGCAUUUAACAUCCAGUGAGAGAGGAUCUUAAAUGAGCUGCAGAGGACUCAAUUAUCAGAAAAUAAGACUAAAAAAGUAUUUAGGGACAGAGAAUAAUAUAUAGGUCAACCCUUCCAAAUUAGUGUUUGAAUGAUGAAUGGUUUUAUUCUUAAAAUGACUAAUAAAUGUAUUAAAAAAUUAAAUUUUUUGUUAAAAUUGUA